AUGGAUCCUUAUUCGUGGUGUAAAGACUUAUUGACUCCUAAAACCUUUAACAGGUUCAGUUUUGUGGCAAAUGUUUGUUGGAUUAUAAUCGCAAUAGUGUUUCUUGCAAUAUUUUCGGACACGGAAAACAAUGAACCGAGGUUUGACUGGAGUUGUGCUUUGAACAGUGCUGAUGCCGAUGACUCCAUAGAAGGAAAUUGUUUCGUGAAAUACGAAGGGUUGUACAACAAACUCUCUGUUCCUCCUUACCUUUUCGUCUUUGGGAACUUCUCUCUUCCUCUCAUUGUUUGUGCGAUAUAUGCAGCAUUGGCUAAGCCAAGAGUGACAAAAGUGAGUUCUCUUGUAAACAGAGCGGACGUCGAAAGAGGACAGGAUGAAACGGUGAACUCAAGUCGUCAAAGAAAACUCUUCACAGCAUACUUUUGUCAACUUAUCACCAGGCUCUGUCUCGGGAUUGUGUUUAUCGUCUUUCUGCAAACUGAACUAUUUUAUCCUCGUAAAUUUCCUUCAAACUUCAAGUGUAAUGUCACGAGAGGAGCAGUUAAUCAAACAGCUAAUGCAACUGGGAACGCACAAACUCAAACAUAUGAAUGUAACACUAAGCGAGCACAUAAGAAGACCUCGUAUAUGUAUGCCUUACGCGGAGUUGAUGGAUUUUUUGAAUUUAUUCUUUUACUUGAGAUUUUUAUCAUUUUGUCGCGUGUAAGAAAAGGAAAACAGUUCAUGAAUGACCAACAGUUUUAUACUGAUCAUCUUAAAUCGAAUUAUGAUCCCCAGAAAGAGUCUUCUGGUGAACAAAAUUCACGACAAGAAAUAACUCUGACGCUUAUAUCACAACCAGAAUUGCAAGAUUCACAGGAGGAAGAAAAUCGCGAAAUACUGGAAACAGAACAUUUACCUCAGUUACAAAAUUGUUUAAAGCGCAUGAAGAAAAGUGUCUUACAGACCACCGAUCGACUUAGAGAUCUCUCUUCACCCUUCAAACCGAACCCGGGCGAAGGCGAUAAACCUAAAGAUCUUAAACUGGACCAAAUUUAUACUAAGUUAAUUAUUCAUCCUGGAAGAGCCUAUUAUCACUUUUCUGAAAACAGGCGAGAACAGCUACAAGUGUACCCCAAACCAGAGGAAAAUUUACCACCGAAAGGACCCGGAGACAUUGUUGAUGAUCAGCACAAGAAUAUUCUUAUCGUUGGUCGCCCUGGAAUUGGCAAAACGCUGUUUUGCACAAAGUUUAUGCGCGACUGGGCAAGCGACCGCUUAUUCGAUGAAGCGCAAAAUUCAGAAUUACGAUUUGACGUUGCUUUCCUCGUUAAAUUUAGGAGACUGAACUCUGCUGCAGAGCUUAACCUUCGAGAACUUUUGAAUAAAUCAGAAUUUUCAACACAUAUGAAUGAUGUGGUAUGGAACUACAUUCGUGAAAACCCAAGCAAAGUGCUUUUUAUUUUCGAUGGAAUUGACGAAUUCUCUGCAAGGAAAAACAUACAAGAAGAUGACUCUAUUUAUGAAAACACUGUGGAAGCUAAAAUGCCUUUAUAUGCUUUGUACACGAAAAUUGCGUCGGGAAAACUUCUUAAUGGAGCCACUGUUUUAACGACUACAAGACCUACUGCCGUAUCAUGCGUAAGAGAUCUUGAAUUCAGCAGAGUAGUUGAAAUUCUUGGAUUUUCAUCUGGGAAAGUGAAAAACUAUGUGGAGAAGUUCGCAGGGGAUGACAAAGAUGCAGGAGAAACGAUAUGGCAACAUAUCAGCAACAACCUUAACCUCUUUUCGUUGUGCUAUAUACCGGUAAACUGUUUCAUCAUUUGUUCCUGCUUGCUAUACAUGCUGCAGAACUUUGGUUCCAAUUCCAUUCAUGGUUUAACUAGCCUGCCAACUAAGCUAACCGAUAUAUACAGCUUCGCCGUAAAGCUUAUGUUCUUCAGGCUCAGUGACAGAUACCGCAAUAAAACUGAUGUUCAGGAAGAAAUUUUCAAAACAUUCGAUGAGCUGGCUGAAGACGUGAAAGAGGAUUUUAAGAAACUGGGAAAAGUUGCUUUUAAAGGAAUUAAAGAAGGAAGAUUAACGUUUGAAUCUGACGAAGUUACGAACCUAGAGGAUUGUGGCCUACUUCACCGCUUGCCUGAUUUAAAACCAGAGGCGAAGCGAUCCCUCGAAAAACCAAAAGCUCAAUACUGUUUCCAGCAUCUGACCAUCCAAGAGUUUUUCGCAGCAAAGCAUGUGACAGACAACAUGGAAGAAGCCGAAUUGCGACAAUUUGUUAAAAGUCACAUCGCGGACGGUGCAUGGCAAGUGGUGUUGCAGUUUGUGGCUGGACUUCUCAGUGACCGAGAUAAACGACUGACUUACAUUUUCACGAACCUUCUGCCAGUGUCGACAUAUGAGGAAGAACAAGAGGAACUGGAGCCCGGCAUAGUAACCUGUUGGCCAAGGGAGGUAGAUGCAAAUUUAGCGUUAACGUUAUGUCACUGUUUAUAUGAGAUUGACGCAGAUGAUUCAGCCGUGCAAAACAAAGUAAGAGAGAUUGGUUUUAAUGCUGUAGUGUUUGAAGAUUGUGCACUAAGAUCUGUUGAUUGUACUGCAAUAGCCAAUUUUCUUAAAAAGCAGAACGAAAUUUUAAUGAUUGACUUGCAUGAUAACGAGGUUGGCUGCCUGGGAUGUAAAGAAAUAAGCAAGGUUCUCAGUGAUGGUAACUGCAAACUUAGCAGGUUAAGGCUCGGUCGUAACAGUAUAACCGAUGAAGGAGUAAAGUACUUGGCUGAAGCAUUAAAGCACAGUAAUUGCAAAUUAAAUAGCUUAGACCUCACCGGUAACGAAUUUGCCGAUGAAGGAGUAAAGUAUUUGGCUGAAGCUUUGAAGUACAGUAACUGCAAACUAAACAACUUAAACCUCGCCGAAAGACAUUUAACCAAUGAAGGAGUAAAGUAUUUGGCUGAAGCUUUGAAGGACAGUAAUUGCAAAUUAAACAGCUUAAACCUCAAAUGUAACAAAUUAACUGAUGAAGGAGUAAAGUAUUUGGCUGAAGCUUUGAAGGACAGUAAUUGCACAUUAAACAGUUUAAACCUUAGCUAUAACGAAUUUACCGAUAAAGGAGUAAAGUAUUUGACUGAGGCUUUGAAGUACAGUAAUUGCAAACUAAACAGCUUAGUCAUGUCAAACCUUUUCGGAAGACAUUUAACCCAUGAAGGAGUAAAGUAUUUAGCUGAAGCUUUGAAGGACAGUAAUUGCACAUUAAACAGUUUAAUCCUUAGCUUUCACAAAUUUACCGAUGAAGGAGUAAAGUAUUUGGCUGAAGCUUUGAAGGACAGUAAUUGCAAACUAAACAGCUUAGAUCUCGAACACAACAAUUUAACCAAUGAGGGAGUAAAGUAUUUGGCUGAAGCUUUGAAGGUCAGUAAUUGCAAAUUAAACAGCUUAAACCUCCGUCGUUACCCAAGUCAAAACUUAGUGACAGAUGAGGGAGUGAAGUAUUUGGCUGAAGCUUUGAAGGACAGUAAUUGCAAACUAAACAGCUUAAACAUCGCCGAAAGAUAUUUAACCAAUGAAGGAGUAAAGUAUUUAGCUGAAGCUUUGAAGGACAGUAAUUGCAAACUAAACAGCUUACACCUUGCCAAAAACAAUUUAACCAAUGAAGGAGUAAAGUAUUUGGCUGAAGCUUUGAAGGACAGUAAUUGCAAACUAAACAGCUUACACCUUACCGGAAACAAUUUAACCAAUGAAGGAGUAAAGUAUUUGGCUGAAGCUUUGAAGGACAGUAAUUGCACAUUAAACAGUUUAAUCCUUAGCUAUAACAAAUUUAACGAUGAAGGAGUAAAGUAUUUAGCUGAAGCUUUGAAGGACAGUAAUUGCACAUUAAACAGUUUAAUCCUUAGCCAUAACAAAUUUAACGAUGAAGGAGUAAAGUAUUUGGCUGAAGCUUUGAAGGACAGUAAUUGCAAACUAAACAACUUAGAUCUCCACUCAAACAAUUUAACCAAUGAAGGAGUAAAGUAUUUGGCUGAAGCU